AAGCUCCAAAUGAGUAGCUCAAUCUUUUGGUCCUUGUCUUUCACUGUAAAUGGCAACUUAAAGCCGGUCCAAUGGAGAAAGGUGACAUAUUCUUCAAAUAAAUUGGCUGCACGCAAACUGUUUGAUGAAAUGGUUAAAAGAACAAGAGUUGCAGAUUUGUAUGUCACUGAAUGUGCAAAUGAAGCUGAAAUAGGUAUGGAAAGCAGUGGCAAUUUCAGAAAUUCUGAUGCAAGUGAUGAGCUAUUAGGAGAGUCUGUGAUGGAUUCUUUUGGUUGUGCUAGCAAUAAGAUGGAUGAGCAAUAUAUAAUUGAUCAGUUGAGAUACUGUAGCAGUGAAGGAAUUCUUGAGCUUGGCGAAUUAUACCAUGCUUUAACAAUUAAGACGGCUAUUUGGUUCAACAAGUUGGUAGCUACAGCCCUGCUUAAUAUGUAUGCCAAGUGUGGUAAAAUAGAGAGUACUGAGAUGAUAUUUGAUAGGAUGUCUUGCAUUGAUGUUGCUUCGUGUAAUAGCAUGAUUAGCGGGUAUGUAAGCAAUGGAAUGUUAUCUGAUGCCUUUGCUUUCUUUGUCAAUAUGGGCAAUCUAGAUAUCGCGCCAAACCACUACACCUACUCGAUAUUGUUAUCUGCUUGUGGAGGGCCUUCUAUACCUGUUCAAGUAGGAAAACAGUUGCAUGCUCAAAAUGUAAAACUGAAAUUUAUAUCACUUACGGUGGUGGCGAAUUCAGCUUUGACAAUGUACAUCAAGUUCAGAAUGAUUGAGGAGACUGAGAAUUUGUUCCUAGGACUUGCUAGUAGGAACCUUAUAUCUUGGACAGCAUUUAUAUCUGGACUGUACCAUCAAAAGGCCUUCUAUAAGGCAUUGACACAAUUCUGUUUGAUGAGAAAGAACAAUAUUGAACCUAAUGAAUACACCUUCUCUGUGGCCCUUGCAUGUGCAGCUUCUGCAGAAUAUCGUGAUUAUGGUUGCGCACUUCAUGCUCAGGUAAUUAAACAUGGAAUGAACUCAGAGUUAUUCGUUGGGACUGCUAUCAUAGAUAUGUACUCAAAAUGUGCAGAACUGGGUGAUGCUAGAAGACAGCUCGAGGAGAUGGGACAUAAAGCAUCUAGUGCAUCAUGGAAUGCAGUGAUCGCUGGACUUGUUCACAAUGGGGAGGUUGCUUCCGGAUUGGAGGUCUUCCAUAAGAUGCUAAAUAAUGAUAUAGCUUGUGAUGAAUAUACAUGUUCAGUUAGUCUGAAGGCCUGUUCGUCGCUGCCAUCCUUGGCAAUCUGCAAGCAGGUGCAUUCUCGGGUAGUUAAGGGGAUGUUUGAGACGAACCUGCAUGUGGCAAGCUCAUUAAUAGAAACAUAUGCACAAUGUGGCAAUUUAGAGGAUGCUGAGAAGGUUUUCUGUCUAACAUCUACACCAGAUGAUGUGACAUUUAACGCAAUGAUUAAAGUUUAUUCACAGUAUGGGAAUCCAAUGAAGGCUAUAUUCUUGUUUGAAAAGAUGGUGGAGAAAGGGGUAUCACCAACGAGUUUUACUUUCCUUGCUGUUAUUUCUGCUUGUAGCCAUUGUGGUUUAGUUCAACAAGGGAAAGAGUUUUUUGAGUCUAUGACAAGAGAUUACAGAAUUCCACCUGAAGAGAAUCACUAUAGCUGCAUGGUUGACCUACUGAGUAGAUCAGGGCAGUUAGAGAAUGCUUUCAAAUUCAUAAAGAAGUUGCCAAUUGAACCCAGUGCUCCAAUCUGGAGACCUUUUCUUGCAGGUUGCAAAUUUUACGGUAUCCUUGAACUGGCAGAGAUGGCGGCCAGUAAAAUAUUAGAGCAUGACCCCGGUGAUGCAUCUGUUUAUGUCACCCUCUCAAACAUGUAUGUUGAAGCAGGCAAGGCAAGUGAUGCACUCAAACAAAGAGAGCUGAUGAAGUCUAAGUUGGUCCAGAAGGAACCCGGUUGUAGCUGGGUGGAGGUGAAUGCAAAGAUUCAUAGAUUCUUUUCUGGUGAUACAAGCCAUAUAGAUAUGCCAAAAGUAUAUUGCAGAUUGGAAAACCUGAUGCAAAAGAUUCGGACUGAUUCUAACAAUUUAGCCAAAACAUCAGUACUUUAUCCAGAACCAGGUAAGGUAACAAAAGAGAAAUGCUUAUUUCACAGUGAACGGUUAGCAGUUUGCUUUGGCCUAUUGAACUUACCUGAGGGAACCACUAUACGUGUAUUCAAGAACAUUAGGAUCUGCUUUGACUGCCAUAUGACAAUGAAGCACAUCUCAAAGAUCACAAAUCGAGAUAUCACAAUACGAGAUAAUUACAGAUUUCAUCAUUUUAAGCAGGGCUGCUGUUCUUGUGGAGAUUUCUGGUGAUGUUUCAUCAAAUUAGAUCCUCUUUUUCACUGAACUCAUGUAACUCCGUGAUAGGACUAACAAGUUCUGUUAAUUUAAGAAAAAAACAAGCUCUUUGGUCAAAGUUGGCCUGAUAUUCCUUCAAAUUCUUUCCCGUGCCUAAACUAACUAUUCGGUGAUCCUAAUACUAGUGCUCCCGAUUACUUUUUUGCCUCUCUGUACAUUGACAUUGACAUGCUACUGUAUUGUAUUGUUUUGAUGAAUACAAUAUUUGGAUAGAUUG